GGCACACACUGCGUUUGGCGAUAAAACUGACUUUAUGACCACAACGAUUCUGACAAUGAAUAGUAUAUAGAAAUUUUUUUGCUUAUUAUUUAUAUCUCACAAACAAGAUCAAGGAAAACAACUUGAGAUUUUUCUUUAGCAUUUCAAGUGUAGUUAUAAACUAGAAAAAAUGGCUGAAACAAAGUUGAGCAGCGUGAAGGAUAAAAGAUGGUCACUAGAGGGUAUGACUGCAUUAGUGACAGGAGGAACUCGAGGCAUUGGGGUACCUUGUCUGAAUUUUCUUAUUCGUAAACAUCUCAACAAAAUGGUUGAACUAAGAGAAAGCAUCGUCACAUUCUUGACUCAUUAUGUUCCAUCCUUAUAUCAACCUCUUGUCCAGAAUGCACUUAGGGUACGCAAUUGUGGAAGAGUUAGCAGAAUUUGGAGCAGCAGUGCAUAUUUGUUCACGAAAUGAAAAUGAUAUUAACAAAUGUUUGGAAGUGUGGAAAAGCAAAGGGUUUAAUGUAACAGGAUCAAUAUGUGAUAUACUCAUUCAUGAACAACGCAAGACAUUAAUGGAGAAUGUUUCCUCUAUUUUUCAUGGAAAGCUCAAUAUUCUAGUCAAUAAUGCUGCAAAACCUUCAAUGAAGAAAAUAAUAGAUAAUAAUGAUGAAGAUAUAACAAGUAUAGUUGGUACCAAUUUUAUGGCCGGUUACCAUUUAUGUCAACUUGCACACCCACUUCUAAAAGAGUCUGGAUAUGGAAGCAUAGUGUUUACUUCCUCCGUUGCUGGUUUAAAAGCUAUUCCUAUUUUAUCUGUUUAUGCAGCAACUAAAGGUGCGGUGAAUCAAUUCACCAAAAACUUGGCAUUAGAAUGGGCAAAGGAUAAUAUUCGUGCAAAUGCUGUUGCACCUGGACCUGUCAAUACUGAACUUUUGGGAUCAAUAAUGGAUGCUUCUGAAGGGGGUGGAGUUGUAGAGGGUAUCGUGUCUCAAACUCCUAUGGGUCGUAUGGGAGAGACUAGAGAAAUAUCAUCAUUAGUUGCUUUUCUUUGUCUUCCAGCUGCAUCAUACAUUACUGGACAAGUUAUAGCUAUUGAUGGAGGUUACACUGCUUAGAUCAAUGCUAUUGAUAUAUUUCUCUAAAAAAAGAUGUACGAGCAUCUAAUUCCCUAGACCAAUAAAUGUAAUAAUGUUUCCAUCUUUCCUAA